CACUGAUAAGGAGAUGGAACAGGUAGCCCAGAGUCUCAUCAAGAGACAUGCAUGUUUAACUGAGAAGGGCUCCAGCACUGGAUGUGGUGGAUGGAAAAUGAGUUUAAAAUAUAAACUGUCUAACUAUCGCACACAUCUGAGAAAACUUGGAUGCCCAGAAGUGACGGUGAACUCCAUAAAAAACAAACCUGCUGGAAAGCACAGUGCAGCUUUUGGCAUCAAAAAGGCAAAGAGAGCAGAAGUUAAUUUUUGCCCAACAUACCCAUCAGCAGAAACUGAGGAGAGUCUAGAAGCCAUGCGGAAAGCUUUACUCUUGGAUGUAAGGAAGAGGAACAACCGAGAGGUUGUCAAGCUCAACAUGGAAAAGACUUUCGCAUUGAGAAAGACAUGAGGUUGUUCGUGAUGCACCGAUGGUGGAUGAUUUCAUGGCGAGAUGGCCUGCUUUGUUUGAAGUCAGUGAGAUCAACGCUGAAUUCAAGAGAAUCACGACUGUACCACUUCAGUCCAAGUUCUUUUCUCAGGUGGACCUCCACACUGACAACUUGACAAGGCUGUUCCAGAAGAGAGGAGGACAGCUAGGUGAACGGCUCAAAAGAAUCACUGCACAAAUUGCCAAUUGUGAUGAUGUAGAUGCUGGACGAGAGUGCAUCAUUAAAGGAGUCUGUGUCUACAUGGGCGAAGAUCCAGAUAACCUCCUACAGGAAUAUGUGAGCCUGGAUCAGAACACGAUCAACAAGGCCAUUGAAGACACUACAGUUGGUAUAUAUGUUGUCAAAGAACAUGCUUCAAGUGAUGAAGCAGAGGACAUUGGCAUUGUUCUUGAAGGCAUCAAGGUGUUACAAAACCUUGAUAAUGUAGCAUUAGGUGUUGCUGUUUUAUUUGGAUUGAUGUAUGCGCUGAACCUCAGCUAUCCUGCUGACCUCCGCUACACUUUUGAGGUAAUUCAAAAGAUCUGGAUGGAACUGGAUCGAGGGAAACUUUCCAACAGAGCACUUGCUCUGAAAAACAGGCUCCAUCAGUGAACAGUUCAGACUGGAUUGACUGAUUUUGCACAGGAAAAAGCAGUGAUAUUUAACUAAAUUCUGUCGCAACUGAUGCUUUUAGUCUGAGAACUAAGGAGCUACAUCAGACUCACGUCAGACAAGUCCAAGAUACAGGUACAAGUUGUUUUGGAGUGAAAAAGGAAUGUGACUUCACACAAAAUCUGUCACAUUUUCAUGUCAUCUUUGGCUAUCCACCUGAUCUUGCCCGUGAUGUUUUUGAGGGUAUAAUCCCAGUGGAGCUUGCUUGUUGCUUAACAGUGCUUAUUUCCAGAAAGUAUUUUACAUUAGUUGACCUGAACAAUGCCAUUCUGAAGUUUCCCUACAAAUGGGCUGACAGGACAAACAAACCUCAUGCAGUGUCACAAAGUUUCUCCAGCAGGAAAACAGUGGGGGGAAAUGCUUGGAGCUUGCUCCGGUUCUUACCUUUUUUGGUUGGAUCACUUGUACCUGAAGAUGAGCCUGCGUCGCUUGUUCUCAUGGACCUGAAGGACAUCACAGAGCUUGUUGUUGCCCCUGUGCAUAGUGAUGACUCGCUGGCUUUUUUGGAAAGUAAACUUGUAGAGCACAGGCAGAGAUACCAAGCGUUGUUCCCAGACAUCAA